CGAGCCACCGUCCACAUAGCCCCGCCCCGCACGGCCAGGCGAAGCGGAGCCGGCCGUGUGGUGUGUGUGUGUGUGUGUGAGUGUGUGUGUGUGUGUGUGAGUGUGUGUGUAUGUGUUCGCGGGGCGCCGUCUCAGCCCCGGGAAGAUGGUGGCGGCGGCGGCGGCGACUGAGGCGAGGCUGAGGUGGAGGACGGCGGCGACGGCAGCGCCCGCGGGCAGGAACGGCGGGCGGCACCGGGGCUGGGACGUGACCGCGACUGGGAGGCCGGGGUUGGGGGCCGGGCUGCGCCUCCCGUGGUUGCUGUCGCCGUCGCUGCCGCCGCGGCUCCUGCUGCUGUUGCUGCUGCCGGUGCUGCUGCUGCUACUGCCUUCGGAGGCCGAGGCCGCGGCGGCGGCAGCGGCGGUGUCGGGCUCCGCUGCAGCCGAGGCCAAGGAAUGUGACCGGCCCUGUGUCAACGGCGGCCGCUGCAACCCUGGCACCGGCCAGUGCGUCUGCCCCGCCGGCUGGGUGGGCGAGCAAUGCCAGCACUGCGGGGGCCGCUUCAGAUUAACUGGAUCUUCUGGGUUUGUAACAGAUGGGCCUGGAAAUUAUAAAUAUAAAACGAAGUGCACGUGGCUCAUUGAAGGACAGCCCAAUAGAAUAAUGAGACUUCGUUUUAAUCAUUUUGCUACAGAGUGUAGUUGGGACCAUUUGUAUGUUUAUGAUGGAGACUCAAUUUAUGCACCACUAAUUGCUGCCUUUAGUGGCCUCAUUGUUCCUGAGAGAGAUGGCAAUGAGACUGUCCCCGAGGUUGUUGCCACAUCAGGUUUUGCCCUGCUGCAUUUUUUUAGUGAUGCUGCUUAUAAUUUGACUGGAUUUAAUAUCACUUACAAUUUUGACAUGUGUCCGAAUAACUGCUCAGGCCGAGGAGAAUGUAGGAUCAGUAAUGUCAGCAACAGUGUUGAGUGUGAGUGCUCUGAAAACUGGAAAGGUGAAUCGUGUGACAUUCCCCACUGUCCAGAUGACUGUGGUUUCCCUCAGCGAGGCAUCUGCAAUUCAAGCGAUGACAGAGGAUGCUCCUGCUUCUCAGGGUGGCAGGGUCCUGGAUGUUCAAUUCCUGUACCAGCUAACCAUUCAUUUUGGACUCAAGAGGAAUAUUCUAACUUAAAGCUCCCCAGAGCGUCUCAUAAAGCUGUGGUCAAUGGAAAUAUAAUGUGGGUUGUUGGAGGAUAUAUGUUCAACCACUCAGAUUACAAUAUGGUUCUAGCGUAUGACCUUGCUUCUCGGGAGUGGCUUCCACUGAACCGCUCUGUGAACAGUGUGGUGGUUAGAUACGGUCAUUCUUUGGCGUUAUACGAGGAUAAAAUUUAUAUGUAUGGAGGAAAAAUUGAUUCAACAGGAAAUGUGACCAAUGAGUUGAGAGUAUUUCAUAUUCAUAAUGAAUCAUGGGUAUUGUUGACCCCAAAGGCAAAGGAGCAGUAUGCAGUGGUUGGGCACUCGGCACACAUUGUUACCUUGAAAAGUGGCCGAGUGGUCAUGCUGGUCAUUUUUGGUCACUGCCCUCUCUAUGGGUAUAUAAGCAAUGUGCAGGAAUAUGACUUAGAGAAGAAUACCUGGAAUAUAUUACACACCCAGGGUGCCCUUGUGCAAGGGGGCUACGGCCACAGCAGUGUUUAUGACAACAGGACCAACGCCCUGUACGUUCACGGUGGCUACAAGGCUUUCAGUGCCAAUAAAUACCGUCUUGCGGAUGAUCUCUACAGAUACGAUGUGGAAAGCCAGAUGUGGACCAUUCUUAAGGACAGCCGAUUUUUCCGUUACUUGCACACAGCUGUGAUAGUGAGCGGAACCAUGCUGGUGUUUGGAGGGAAUACACACAAUGACACAUCCAUGAGCCAUGGCGCCAAAUGCUUCUCUUCAGAUUUCAUGGCUUAUGACAUUGUUUGUGACCGCUGGUCAGUGCUUCCCAGACCUGAUCUCCACCAUGACGUCAACAGAUUUGGCCAUUCAGCAGUCUUAUACAACAGCACCAUGUAUGUGUUCGGCGGUUUCAACAGUCUCCUCCUCAGUGACAUCCUGGUGUUCACCUCGGAGCAGUGUGGCGCACACCGGAGUGAAGCUGCUUGUUUAGCUGCAGGGCCUGGUGUCCGGUGUGUGUGGGACGCAGCGUCAUCUCAGUGUUUAUCCUUGGAGUUGGCAUCUGAAGAACAAGCAGAAAAGUUAAAAUCAGAAUGUUUUCCCAAAAGAACUGUUGACCAUGACAGAUGUGACCAACACACGGAUUGCUACAGCUGCACAGCCAACACCAAUGAGUGCCACUGGUGCAAUGACCAUUGUGUCCCUGUGAACCACAGCUGCUCAGAAGGCCAGAUCUCCAUUUUCAGGUAUGAUAAUUGCCCCAAGGAUAACCCAAUGUACUACUGUAACAAGAAGACCAGCUGCAGGAGCUGUGCCCUGGACCAGAACUGCCAGUGGGAGCCCCGGAAUCAGGAGUGUAUCGCCCUGCCUGAAAAUAUCUGUGGCGCUGGAUGGCAUUUGGUUGGAAACUCAUGUUUGAAAAUUACUACUGCUAAGGAGAAUUAUGACAACGCUAAAUUGUCCUGUAGGAACCACAAUGCCUUUUUGGCUUCUCUCACAACCCAGAAGAAGGUAGAAUUUGUCCUUAAGCAGCUACGAAUAAUGCAGUCAUCACAGAGCAUGUCCAAACUUACUCUAACCCCUUGGGUUGGCCUUCGGAAGAUCAAUGUGUCCUACUGGUGCUGGGAAGAUAUGUCCCCAUUUACAAAUACUUUACUGCAGUGGAUGCCAUCUGAGCCCAGCGAUGCUGGCUUCUGUGGAAUCUUGUCAGAGCCCAGUACUCGGGGAUUGAAGGCUGCAACCUGCAUCAACCCACUCAAUGGUAGCGUCUGUGAAAGGCCUGCGAACCACAGUGCCAAGCAGUGCCGGACACCUUGUGCCUUGAGGACAGCAUGUGGAGAGUGCACCAGCGGCAGCUCUGAGUGCAUGUGGUGCAGCAACAUGAAGCAGUGUGUGGACUCCAAUGCCUACGUGGCCUCCUUUCCUUUCGGCCAGUGUAUGGAGUGGUAUACAAUGAGCAGCUGUCCCCCUGAAAAUUGUUCAGGCUACUGUACCUGUAGUCAUUGCUUAGAGCAACCAGGCUGUGGCUGGUGUACGGAUCCCAGCAAUACUGGCAAAGGGAAAUGCAUAGAAGGCUCUUAUAAAGGACCAGUGAAGAUGCCUUCCCAGGCCCCGAUGGGGAAUUCCUAUCCACAGCCCCUCCUCAAUUCCAGCAUGUGCCUGGAGGACAGCAGAUACAACUGGUCUUUCAUUCACUGUCCAGCUUGCCAGUGCAACGGCCACAGCAAGUGCAUCAACCAGAGCAUCUGUGAGAAGUGUGAGAACCUGACGACGGGCAAGCACUGUGAGACCUGCAUAUCUGGCUUCUAUGGGGAUCCUACCAACGGAGGGAAAUGCCAGCCAUGCCGGUGCAAUGGACAUGCAUCACUGUGUAAUACCAACACGGGCAAGUGCUUCUGCACCACCAAGGGCGUCAAAGGGGAUGAAUGCCAGCUAUGUGAGGUAGAAAACCGAUACCAGGGAAACCCCCUUAAAGGAACAUGUUACUAUACUCUUCUUAUUGACUAUCAGUUCACAUUUAGCUUGUCCCAGGAAGACGACCGCUACUACACAGCCAUCAAUUUUGUGGCUACUCCUGAUGAACAAAACAGGGAUUUGGACAUGUUCAUCAAUGCCUCCAAAAACUUCAACCUUAACAUCACCUGGGCUGCCAGCUUCUCAGCUGGAACCCAAGCUGGAGAAGAGAUGCCUGUUGUUUCAAAAACCAACAUUAAGGAAUACAAAGAUAGCUUCUCCAAUGAAAAGUUUGAUUUUCGCAACCACCCAAACAUCACUUUCUUUGUUUAUGUCAGUAAUUUCACCUGGCCCAUCAAAAUUCAGAUUGCCUUCUCCCAGCACAGCAAUUUUAUGGACCUGGUACAGUUCUUCGUGACUUUCUUCAGCUGUUUCCUCUCUUUGCUUUUGGUGGCUGCUGUGGUUUGGAAGAUCAAACAGAGCUGUUGGGCCUCCAGGCGUAGAGAGCAACUCCUCCGAGAGAUGCAGCAGAUGGCCAGUCGUCCCUUUGCCUCCGUAAACGUCGCCUUGGAAACAGAUGAGGAGCCUCCUGAUCUUAUUGGGGGCAGUAUAAAGACCGUCCCCAAGCCCAUUGCACUAGAGCCCUGUUUCGGCAACAAAGCCGCGGUCCUGUCUGUGUUUGUGAGGCUCCCUCGUGGCCUGGGUGGGAUCCCACCUCCUGGGCAGUCGGGUCUCGCCGUAGCCAGCGCCCUGGUGGACAUUUCUCAACAGAUGCCAAUAGUGUACAAAGAAAAGUCAGGAGCAGUGAGAAACCGGAAGCAGCAGCCCCCUGCACAGCCUGGAACCUGCAUUUGAUGCUAGGGCCAGAGACUGUCCUGGGCACGCGUGUGCGCGACACACCACAGCUGUCUGCAGGGAAGGGCGCAGGCAGGGAGACGCUGUGUGGUGCGGGCCAGAAGACUGGAAACCCUUGAAGCAUCUGACUCAUCUGCAUGAUCACAAGCUUUCUUUGACGGUUCCUCCCAUCCAUGUUCCAGCAUCUAACCUUUUACUUUUGCAUAGGAAAUAAUUGAUUUAGUUCCUAGACCCAGGGAUGGUCCGAGUUGUUGCUCAAGGAGGCCAGUGUAGAGCCGGUGAGAGAGCUAGGAAUGACACUCAGGUUCACUGUGGAAAACCGUUCUCGGGACUGUCUCAGUUGUGCAAAAACAAAAGAUGGAGAGUUUACACGUGGACUUUCAUCAUCAGUCAUUCUUGCACAUGGUCUUUUAAGGACUGGUCAGGUGAAUUAACUUGUUUUCAUCUGAAGCCUGCUAUCUUUUUAAAAAAGAUGUGCCAGUUAUCCUUGCACAAUUUAGACAGGCAUCUCUCUUCCAGAGAGUGGCUUUUUUCUAGUUGAGAAUUAAUAAUGGUCCAUCUCUUUGGAAUCAUAACAAACUAGGAUAGAAGGGGGCUAUUUUAAAUGUCAAGGUCAGCAGUGUUACUUAGAAUGUAAACAGAUGUAGUGUGUAGUUUUCUGUAGCAACUUGAUUAAUUUAGUCUUAAUCCAUUUGAGAGUCUUGCUCCCUUUCUCUCUCUCUCGUAACACAGACACACACACACACACACACACACACACUAAGUGCCUAGACUUUAAAUAGAUCUAGCAAUUGGAAAGUUAGUAAGCCUAAGUUUUUACAUAAUUGCAUUCCUACAUUCUUGUAAAAUUUAAAUAGCUACCAUUGGCAAUCUGCUGUUUUUCUAAAAUCUGAUUUGCAGCCAGGAAAGAAUUUUCUCACCCCAAGGAACAUUUGACCUAGCAGCAGCAGCAGGAACUGAGAAGAAAGCAGAAAUAAGCUAACUGUAAAAGCUCCUGUUUAUAUUGUCAAAAAGGACAGUCAAGAUGAUGCGGUCUCCACACACCACCCGCCCCCACCAUGUCCCUGUGGGCCUGAAACUGGGCACCACGGAAGAGAGGACUCACAGGUGACACGUGUCUGCUCUGAGCGGGAAAGAGACUGAGCACUUGGGAUGCCUGAUCAAAGAGCCACUCUGUUCCCGUGGCCUGCUCUGAACUCAUGGGCCAUUCUUUAGGCAAGGGGUAGAGUCAACACCUGGAGCAGGACCAAGGAGGGGCUCGCCCACCCAUCCUCCUUCCCAGACCCAGGUGGUGGUUGUGAGGAGGACAGAGGAUGCAAAGGAUGAAAAGCACAUGGAAGACAUGGACUAGGAGGGAAAACUCCACAAAUGGAUAAUGAGCAAUUUAAGGAAAGUAGGUGUUCUUCCCCCAGGGCACUGCCUGGAUGUUGGGUUUUCCCCAUUCAUGGUGCUUUGUAUUCUGGCAUUAAGCAGCAGCCUCCCAAGGUCUCUCUCCUGCUCCAAAACCUAGGUUUCUCUGGCAUUACUUUAUCUGGAUGACCCUCUGGACAGAAAUGCUCACGUUUGAGAAUCUGGAGAAAGUAAUACUCAAAGGAGCAAAAAUUGGCAUUUCACCUUAAAAUGUGGUGCCUAGAGAGGGAGGAUUAUCACCUCCCCCAGACUGCCCCUACUCCUAGGAAGAACUGCCUGGAAGAAAGUGGCGAGGAAGUUGAACCACAAAACACUGAUGCACAAAGCACCUCUACUUUGGGACUCCCCUCUCACAUAGCUUCUUUUUCACAUCAUUAUUAAAGAGCAGACGUUUCUAGAAAAAGACCGCCUCCUGUUGUGAGCUCCCCACAUGCCUACCCCAGAACACAGCUCCCGCAGAAAGCAUGUGUACUGGUCCUUCACCCUCGUCAUUACCACACAGCCUCUUGGUGACAAAAAGAGGGAGGCCACUGGGGAUUGCCCUCCUACAAGGAAGAUUUCUCCUGUUUGCUCAAAGGCCAGUUUUCCCCUGGCCAAAGAAGUCUCUUCCCCAUGCUGGUCACAUGCCUUGAAAUAACAAGCACCAUGACACCCAGGCUCCUGAGUCUUUUUCCCCUUAAAUGAUAGUGUUUAUUUUUAAAAAAAUUUAAAAAGGAAGGACAGGGUAGUGAAAUUAAAUCUCCUCCAACAGUGGAGGAACAGCUUCGUGCUUCCCCUUUGCACCCAAUAGCAAACACCUUCCUCUGAGCCCAGGGCAUGGAAAUGGAGUGGCAGGCAUGAGAGAAACUCGGCUUAGAGCCAGUUCCCAAGGGCGCCGUCAUCUGGUCGCUGAGUGUCCCAGGAGAGCGUGUACAUUAGAUAGUCACGGAAACAUCCACCUUGCACUUGUACAUAACUACAGUAGUGUCCAAGAUAUGCAGACGUUUGGACUGUACAUAAAGCAGAAAAAUAUCUUAAUGUAUUUUUAUUAAACAUAAAAGCCUAACAAUGCCUGGGCAUCAGCUGCAGCGGUUUGGUGCCAUAUACUAGAUAUCUAAGUUCUGAGAAGUCCGCUCGUCAGGCCCUGAGCUGUGAACAACAAAGCCAAGGGAUGCAUCUGGUACCUGUCGGCUAACUCCUGAAAUAGGACUCUCCCAUCAGAAGGCAGGCGAAGCGCCCGGCGGGGAGCCUGUUGGAGCAGCGUGUGGGCAUGAGGAGAUGCCAGCAGGACGGCGGGGCUCGGGCACUGUUGUGGCUCAGAAAAUCCAGUGGGGAUCCUUGCGGCAGCCUCAUGGUGCUCUGGGUGUUGGGAAGACUAGUCUCGCCUGGAGAAAUGUUCUCGGUCUUUCUGUUUGAAGACUGUAACUCAUGGAAAUCACACUUUCCAAAGAGGAGUUUUCUCAGCUACGGGUUUUGGGGUUUUUUGUUUUGUUUUGUUUUGUUUUUGAGAUUUUGUCUGAACUUAUAAUGACUGUUCCUGAGAACCACAGUUUACUAUACUGAAACUGAGGCAGCAGUGGAGAGACGAGGUUGUGGCUAAACAGCCCCCGUUUCUCCUGGAGGAUGUCACAUCCCUUGGACUCCUGUCCACCUCCUGCCCUCCCUACAGGGUGGGGACAAGCUUGUGCUUCCCUGUGGGGAUCACCUGAGCAAGUGAGAGGAGAUGUGGAGAGAGGGCACCCACACUGCCUGGAGCCAGCCAGGAGGAGAGGCAGCCCUGGACAGACGACUGUCAGCACAGGGUCUCCUGGACUGGCCAUGAGCGAGGCCCGACGAGCAAGAUCGGAGAGGCACUGGGACGUCGGGGCAAGUGAGGAGACAUUAGAGCUUCCAGUGCACAUCGUGCUCCUUCUGUUUCAUGGGCUGCGCUGGGAAUGAGGGUGAUUUAUUUCCUUGUGUGAUGACAUUGUGUCGUGAACAUCUUUGAUCCUUCUGCUUCAUUCAUUCAUUCAACAAAUAGUUACCAACACCUCAGUGAGUACCAGGGCGGUGCCUGAGAUGAGAAAGCAGCGCUAACAGAAUCCGAGUCCUCGCCCUCCUGUCACCCAUAGGAGAUCUUUCCCCAUGAGAAUUGCCCACCCUGAGGACAACCAGGGAAGCAGAAGCCCCUUGUCCUUGGGGCGUGCAUACCUCGUUGACCAAACGCGGCUCCAACCAUAAGAAUCACUGCGACGGUUUCCAGGUAGCCAGGCCCGCCCAGAGACCUUGCCCGGUGAUGAGUCAAACUCCACCACCCUGUCCUGCCUGCAGGGAGAUGCUGUGGAGGGGAGAGGGGAGCUGGUGCCUUCCCUCCUAAAGGCAAUAAUGGAAUUGACUUUCAGUAACUGAAUUUGUGCACAAACAUUCUAAACACUAGUGAAGCCUGUUUUGUUGAACUAAUUCUGGCUCUGGAAAUGUUCUGUUUUUUAGUUAUUUACAGUUGUUUUUUUCCUGUUUUUUGUUUGUUUGGAUUCCGCUUAGUUUGUUAAUAUGUAUAAUUUAGCAUCUAUUGCACUCAUGUAAAUAUGGAGUAAGUAUUGUAAACUAUUUCAUUGCUGGGGGUUGUGGGUGUUAUACAUACAUUUAGGACUGCAAUUUUUGGUAUUUUUUGUAUUGUAAAAUAACAGCUAAUUUAAGCAGGAACAAGAGAAAUAGGGAGGUCUGUGCAUUUUAAACACAAAUGUGAAGAACUUGUAUAUAAGCAAAAGUAAAUCCUAUAAUACAAACUUCCUUCUGAAAUAAAAGUAGAUCUGGUAAAAAUGUG